AUGGCCUCUGCAUCAGAGGCAUCAAAGUCGCUGUCAUUAGGAAGUUCUCUGGUGCAGCAGAGGGAUGGAAACUUGGUAGACAUGUUUUGUCAGCAAGUCGCGCUGCAUUCCGAAGACCCUGCUGUCCAAUUUGAGGAUGAGCGGAGCAUCACAUUUGGAGAGCUAAACCGCUAUGCUAACGCCAUCGCGCAAACUAUAGCGAUCCGUAAGGGGACUAUCAUUCCCAUCUGUAUGGAUCGUUCGCCAGCAUUGAUCGCGUGCAUCUGGGCCAUCCUGAAAUCCGGAGCAGCAUAUGUUAUCCUCGACCCUGAUGGAGCAGUCGAACGGAACGCUUUCAUUGUGAGAGAGGUAGAAGCAGAAAUUGUUCUCGUUGACCACAACAAUGCCCGAACUUUUACAAAUGGUGUGGUUGUCGACAACCUUCUCGAACGGAACGAUCUCCCUUCAUUGGAGGAGAAUACAGUGCACGAAAUCGAUUCUUCGAGUCCAGCUUACAUCGUGUACACAUCUGGAUCCACCGGAAAACCCAAAGGCGUUGUCCUGUCACACGUGGCGGCUGCGAACGGUAUCCUGAACAACUCACUAAGCCGUGGGACAAGACUUUUGUUGUUCUAUAGUCCAAUCUUUUCCGCGGCACAGCGAGCGAUUCUAGGAACUCUCCUUAACGGUGGCUGCCUUUGUCUCGCCAGGAAGGAGAGGUUACUCACAUCCCUUGAUGAGGUCCUCAACAAAAUGAAGAUUGAGGCAGUGGGCUUGACACCGUCAUCCUUGUCUUUGCUUCGGAAUGUGGAGACACCAUAUCUCAAACAGAUCGCAAUGACUGGUGAGGCCGUUGAUGCAGAUAUCGUCGAGACAUGGGCUGCUCGAGUGGACCUGCGUAACUCUUAUGGUCUCAGUGAGUGCACACAGCUAAAUUUCGGACGAUCUUUGACGCCAUCCAGCAACCCAAGGGUAGUGGGGAGACCUAAAGAUACUACAAGCGUUUUUGUUCUGUCUCCAGGCACUGAUCGUUUGGCGCCGUUUGGUAUUCCCGGUGAGAUAUGUCUAGCUGGACCACAGCUUGGAUCUGGAUAUAUAAAGCGGCAUGAGCAUACUGCCAAAUCCUUUGUUCAAAACCCAUUUGGGGAAGGCAAGCUUUAUAGGACAGGAGAUAUUGGCCUGCAGCAUCCAAAUGGCGAUAUUGAAAUACUUGGCCGGAAAGACUUCCAAGUCAAGAUUGCAGGACAACGCGUCGAGCUCAAGGAGAUUGGGGCCGUACUGAAUGAUCAUCCCCACGUGUCUGCCGUCGCUGUCAUCGCUGCCGAGAUUGACGGCAUCAAAUCCCUAGUUGCUGCCAUAGUUCCCAGCAGAGAUAUCGAGUGGUCACUUCUCUUGGCCGAAUUGCGUCGGAAGUUGAAGACGAGCCUUCCAGCAUACAUGCAUCCGAGUUAUUGGCUGCCCUACGAAAAUAUGCCGCAAAACCAGAAUGACAAGACCGAUGUUAGAUCGAUUCAACGAAGGGCCCAGGAGCAAGGGCGAGCCGGCCUUUUGAAGCUGAUGCGCGGUUUCCAAGAACCACUAACACAGGCUCCAAUGACCAGCACCGAGCUCAUCCUACGGAACACCUGGGCACAAAUUCUUAACAUUGAACCAGAAUCCAUCCAGAGGCAAGACACGUUCGCGAACCUUGGUGGAAACUCGAUGCAAGCAAUUCGAGUCGUCGUGGAAAUCCGAAAGGCUGGCUUGCUCCUGGAGCUUAGUGAUAUAUUCAGCGGUCAAUGCAUCUCUGAACUCGCCCUUCAUGUUGUUAUUUCACUUCAGCCGACCGAAGACCUGAAGCCUUAUGGGCUUUUGGACGAACCGUUUCGGUCUUCUUUAAUCCGAGACGGAGGCGUUGAUGAUGCGUACCCACUGACUCCACUCCAAGAAAGCCUGGUUGCUGCAACACUGACCGGUAACACGAAUUAUAUCUAUCAAAGGGUUUUCAAUGUAGGCCACCUGGAACUCCACCGUCUCAAAGCAGCGUUCGCAACUGUCUUUCAUAAGAGAGAUAUAUAUCGCACGACUUUUCAAGAAAUCGUAGGUCAUUUAGUUCAGAUCGUUCAAAAUGAUAUGGAGCUGCCGUGGAGUGAGACGAAUCAGGGGCUUGAGGACUACAAGCGAGAGGAUCUUGUUCGAGGAGUCGCUCUAGGUUCAUCGUUCUUCCGCGUGGCUGUCCUCCAACAAAGCUAUUUGGUCGUAACAAUGCAUCAUGCCCUGUUCGACUUUUGGUCACACAAAUUUCUCUAUCAGGACGUCUCCGCCUUGUAUCAAUCUGAGAAGCUGCCUGAGCGACCAUUGUUCCGAAAUUUUGUCGGACUUCUACAGAGAUUAGACCAGAGCAAGCAGCAAGGUUUCUGGUCAGAAUAUCUUUCGGCGGCUGAGAAAACAACGCUGAAUCACGCUCCAACUGGCAGAAGAAUAGCCAUUACCAAGCAAGUUCCGAUUAGCCUUUCAAGGGACUGUGCAAAGCUUGGCUUGACAGCAGGAGCGGUGGUCUAUGCCGCGUGGGCAAUUCUGCUGGCCCGUCACACUGGUGGCACAGAUGUCUGUUUCGCGACGACCUUCUUCGGGAGAGAGGUUUCAGUUGAUAACGUUGCUGAGAUGGAUGGACCGACCUUGACAACUGUCCCUCAACGUAUAUUCGUAGAUCCCGAGUCUCACCUCAUAGACAUCGCGACAAAAGCUCGCGACAACCUGUGGCCAGUCAUCAGGAAUUCUCAGUUCGGCAUGCGGCGCGCCCUUUCUGCAGCGGGGCAUGACCGAAAUCUUUGCGAUACCCUUGUCAACUUCUUGGUUGAAGAUCCUGAAGCUCAAAGGGACCACACACAGAUAUUCCGGCCUCACGGCCCGAAGCCUAUCUGGCAAUCUGAUUAUACUACUCUAGAAUUGCAAGAGAAGGCCGACUCACUUGUCGUCUCCCUUUCCUCGGACAUGGAAGAAUCCAGAGCUUCUUUUGUGCUGGAACAGUUUUUCACUAUCUUGCAUUAUUUCUUCGAAAAUCCUUCCAGCAAGACUGCAGCAAUAGAUAUUCUGAGCCCUACGGAGCACGCUGCACUCCAGGACCUUGCCAAGUUUUCGAGUCCUAAACCCAUGAUGUUGCAUGAACGAUUUGAAAGAAUAGCUGAAGAAUCUCCUGAUCUCACCGCCUUGGAAUGGUCAAACCAGAACAGCUUGACAUACAAGCAGCUACACGAACGUUCCAAUCAGCUUGCCCAUUACUUGGUUGAGCGGGGUGUUUCACGCGGUCAGCUCGUUCCCUUGUAUUUGGAGAAAUCGUUUGACGCUAUUGUCGCUAUGCUUGCGGUGCUCAAAGCCGGUGCUGCUUACGUGCCCCUCAGUCCCAGCAACCCUGUCGAGCGCAAUUCCUAUAUUUUGGUCGAGACUGAAGCACAACUGAUGAUAUCAGUGAAGGGCCUCCUCCCAGGGCAGACUUUCGCAGUCGAGAUAGUGUUUCUGGAUGAAAUCGAUUUUGCUCUUUACCCCAAAACCUCACAUCGUAGCAACGCCACAACCACGGACCUUGCGUACAUUAUAUAUACCUCUGGCAGCACAGGACUACCGAAAGGUGUCAAGGUCCCCCAUCAUGCCGGCGCAGCAGCCGUUGGGAGCAUGCUUGAUGCAGAAGGGCGAGACAGGUCGACUUGGAGAACUAUCCAGUUCGCGAAUUAUGUCUUCGAUGCUUCUGUGCAAGACAUAUUUAAUACGCUGAGUUCGGGCGGAACAUUGUGUAUGGCGGACUCGGACGAAAUGCUGUCGAAUCUUGCCGGAGUCAUAAAUAAGAUGGACGUGAGACAGGCAAUCCUGACGCCAACAGUGGCUCGCAUGAUUUCCCCAGAAGACGUCCCAGGGUUUGAAACACUUAUCUUAGGCGGAGAGCCGAUGACGCGGGACAUUAUUCAAGCCUGGCGACCAAGAUGUCGCCUACUCAAUGUAUAUGGUCCCACUGAGACUUCGAUGGUCGUCACAACGAAAGAGAUGGCCGUUGAUUCGGCUCCAGGAAAUAUUGGCAAGCCUUUUCCAACAGUCUCGACCAUGGUGUUAGAGCCCAAUUCUUCUAGAUUUGUCCCAUAUGGAGCAAUCGGCGAGCUGUGCAUCGCGGGACCUCAAGUUGCAGAUGGAUAUCUCAAGAAAGACGAUCUCACGGCGCUCAACUUUAUCAUCAGAGAUCAGGGCCAAACCUAUUACCGGACAGGUGACUUGGUGCGGUGGCUUCCAGGCGGCGAGCUUGAGUGUUUAGGCCGCAAAGAUAAUCAGGUAAAGAUUGCUGGUCACCGUAUAGAGCUCGGUGAGAUUGAGCAAGCCAUGCUCAGCAGCGCCGUCGUUGAAGACUGUGCGGCGCUCGUUAUCCAAAGUAAUGGCAAGCCGCAUCUGGCAGCAUUCGUGGUCUAUGAACAUGGCCAAGAAUCUUUACUUUGCGACACUGAUGAUUGUUCUAAGCGCCUAGAACAGUUAAAAGGUAGCUUCAGAGGCCUCGCACAUUAUAUGGUACCGAAGUAUGUAUUCCCAUUUGGGGUUUUUCCUUUAUUGCCGUCCCGGAAGACGGACAGACGGCAACUGCGUCGCAUCGCCGAAAGCAUUGAUCCUGCAUCAUUGCCUCAAUAUUCCAUUGACCGACUGAACACCGACCGUCCCACGUGGCAGCCAACGGUGACCGAAGAAGAGAGCUUUUUAGAGGCCGCAUGGGGAAAACUUUUCAAUGUUGACAGGUCCCAGCUCGGAGCAAAGGCAGACUUCUUUGCCCUCGGCGGCGAUUCAAUCUCAGCAAUAAACUUGGUCAGUCUCUGUCGAUCAAGCGGUUAUGUUAUCCAGGUUAGUGAAGUUAUGAACGGAGGCAUCUUGGACGAGAUGGCACGUUGUUUGAGAAAGGUAGAUGACCUUGGCACCACCACGUCCCUAAAGACGUAUAUGCCCCCUCCUUCCCUCCGGGAAGAGGUGGAGACUGUGGGUCUAUCAAUGGACGAUAUAGAGACUGUCUUUCCAUGCCCUCCUGGUCAGGUCGAGUUUCUCAACCAAGGUCGACGGCCUGAUCAACUAUGGGUACUCAUGACAACGAGAGCAGUAUCCCCAUCACUUGAUGUCCAAGAGUGGAUAGCUUGUAUAACCGAGUUGACAAGAGUCAAUAACAUCCUACGAUCAACGUUUGUCCAUCUUGAAGGCCAUGGAUGGCUAUCUGUCGUCCUCAAAAGCGAUGAUCUGGAUCUCUCUAUCCACAAAUGCGCAGCAAAAGACAAAGAUGAUAUUAUCGAGCGAGAGCUGUGGCAGUACCGAUUCGAAUUUGGAAGACCGUUUAUUCGGUAUCUUAUUCUCGAACUUGAAGGUGGAGUACGAGAAAUUGCUAUCAAGAUGGACCACGCACUCUACGAUGGAACUCUUCUGCGGAUUUUCGCCGAACAUCUCUCAGCCAUCCAGCAGCACCAGGAGAUUCUGAAGCACAUCGAGUUCUCCGAGUUUGCACUUUAUCACUGGAGGGCCGAUAAGGCUAAGGGCUUAGAAUUCUGGAAGAGUUUCCUGGACCGUUAUUCAUUCCAGUAUCCAAACAAACGCGAGCCGCGAAUCACCUCAUUCAUAACUCAUCCCAUCGAUAUCAAAAUUGAUAGGUUUAUCAAUGCUUGCAAGAUCACCGCUCCAAUUCUUUUCCAAUCGGCUUUUCAGCUCUGGGUAGCCAAGGCUAGCGGUUCUCUCGAUGUUGGGUUCGAUUACCUCCUUACUGGUCGCAACGUUGAGCUGGAGGAUCCUCAGGCCAUCAAUGGCAACUGCGCGCAGUUUUUGCCUUUCCGGUCACGCAUCGAUCCCAGAGAGACGCUGCAAUCAUACGCUGUAAAUUCGCAAGCAGACUUUUGGAAAGUGACUGAGCAUAGCAGCCACGAUCUGGACACGAUCUUCGCCGCCGCUGGCCACAGCAGCGUCGAAUUCCGCAACCGCUCGUUGUUUCUUUUCCAGCCUUUCGAGCCUUCUUCCGGGGCCGCGCCGGAGGAUGCGGUGCAAUGGGUCGUGAUGAAAGGCUCAAAAGUGCGCAUGUACCAGCCUUAUGCAUUGGUAAUGGAGAUCAGCAAGACCAUGAGGGGCUAUCUGAUGAAGGUGAUGUUUGACGAAAGCGCAAUGUCAGAAACGGACGCUGCUAGUAUCGGGCGUGAGAUGGAACGGAUUGUCCAGCAGAUUGUCAGAGCAGACGGUACUGCACAGGUUGACUCCAUUCUAUAUGGCAGUGGUCCAGUGGUGGUGGAGUGA